UGGCUGGGAAAGACGCACGCAUGCACACAGAAACACACACUAUCCAGCAACAGAUAGGUCUGUGAAGUGAUCAAGUGAAGAGUGUGUCGUUAGAUACUGAUACCAAGGAAGGACUUCACUGUGACUGUGGGAGGUACCUAACCAAAAGAAUGUCUGACAAAGUGGUUGAUUUGGAAGAGACCGCAACCCACACAGGUCCAAAGGGAGUCAUCAAUGACUGGAGGAGGUUCAAGUUGGAAAGUAUGGACCAGGAAAACUUGCCACCUGCAAAGAAAGAGCUACUGAGACAAAUGUCAUCCCCGAGCAAGCCUAAAGAUGACGCCAGAGCAAACCUUAACCGCAAGAUGAGUGUCCAAGAGUAUGAGCUGCUUAAGGAGGAGGAUGAAGGAUGUCUAAAGAAAUACAGAAAGCGGUGCAUGCAGGAGAUGCAUGAUAAACUCAGCUUUGGGCCCAAGUUUGAUGGUGUGCAUGACCUGGACAGUGGAGAGGCCUUCCUGGAAGUCAUUGAGAAGGAGCAUUACAGCACAGUGGUGGUUGUCCACAUCUACAAGAUUGGGGUCAAAGGUUGCGAAGAGCUCAACAACUGCCUUGACUGCCUGGCCACAGAGUACCCCACUGUAAAGUUCUGCAGGAUUGAUGCUGUCGCAUCCGGUGCUGCUGAGCGGUUCUCGGAUGAGGUUUUGCCGACGCUGCUGGUGUACAAGGCAGGAGAACUACUUGGGAACUUCCUGGCGUGCACGCAGCACCUCACUGAGGAGUUCUUCGCCACUGAUGUGGAGGCCUUCCUCAACAGCUAUGGCCUGCUGCCAGAAAGAGAGCUGCCUCGUGUGGAGGAUGAAGAGGAUCAUGAUGUUGAGUAAACGAAGAGUUUGGCUAAUGAGGAAGAAAGGAUGCUGUAUUGGAGGGCUGGACAGAGAGCGAUGAAAGACAGAUAUUCUGUUGGGCUACGGCAAGUAGAAAAACAUCUCCGCUAGCUCACUAGUGUUUACGGAUUGUUCCCUAAAGAAGACAUUUUACAUCCAGUUGGUGAAGAAACUUUGAUGUCCCAGAUAUGCUCUCAAAGUGUGGGUAACAGCACGGUGACAAAAUACAGCGAUUAUAUGUUUGUAAAUAUAUAUAUCUAUCACAAAUCCCCUCACCACCACCCAAACAAAAGCCAAAUCCAGCUUACUGUAAUUUCAAAUACUUGCAAUGUUUUAUUUUGUAAUGAUAGACAAUAUUACAUGCUGUAUGUACUUGUAAAAAUGUAAUAAUUCAAAGACGUUUUGUAGCAUUUGCUUGGGUUGAUCUGUACACGGGUUAUUUAUAAAUGGAGAAUUUGUACAAAGUGACAUCCUCGAAUGUGAUACAAUAUUUAAACAUGUGAAUACUUCAGGUCCCUGUGGUGUUUUUGCCAAGAUUUAAAUGAAACUUUAAAGGGCUAAACAGAACAGGAACUCUUAAUACUUAAGAGGGCAAAGCACUCUGGAUGUGGAAACAUUUUUGUAUAAACGAUGUCUUCCAUCUGUCAAGGACAACAUUACCUACCCUUGCUGUGGUGGGAGGUGCAUAUUGUGUCUGGAAAAAACAUUUAUGAGCCUCUGGUAUUUUACCAUCAUCAGUGAAGCAUCAUCAGUGAGUUCAUCCAUGUCUGUGUAUUUUAUAUUGUGAAAGUGGGAGAAAGUCAUCGGAAUAUACAAAAUAGGGGGGGCGUGAGUAUUGGGUUAGUGUGAUAUGACUCAGCAAUGAAGGUCAGUAUCAUCACUGAUACUGAUGAUUCUGCGAAAGGUUUGGUUACUAUUUUAAACUGUGUACUGGAAUAAGUUGAAUCAUAGCCUCAUAUACAUGUUGUCAAGAAAAAAUAAAUAAAUAAAAUAACA